AUGCUAGCGGCUCAUAUCGACGGGAAUGGCAACAAGAAGCCAAGACUUACCGACCACGAGCGGGGAAGGAUAGUGGGGCUUCGAGAGGCUGGACUGAGUUUGCGUGCCAUCAAGACUGUCACCUCAAGGAGCCUUGACGCUAUUCGUCGAGUAGUAUCCCCUACCUCUCCCCUACAGAUGAAAUGCCGAGGACCCGCUCCGCUUCUCUCGAAGCGCCAGUUGAGACUUCUCUUGCGCAUCUCUGCUCAGGGAAACCUGUCCUCUGCCCAGCUCAAGAUCGAGCUAAGCCUGCCGGUGUCCGUCCGCACCGUGCAGCGCAUUUUGGCCGAUGUCGAUUGGCUUGUGUACGCCAAGAUGGAAAACACGUUGCCGCUUACGGUCGCGGAUAUGGGUGUGCGCAAAUCCUGGGCCAGGGACAUGCUGUUGCAUGAGGAUGCCGGGUCCGUCUGGGACUCGGACAAAAAAAUGGAAUCUUGA